AUGGCAAUCGAUUCGCAGCCUGCGCCAGGUGCAAUUGAGCCAGUCUAUGACAAGGUGGUGGUAGAGCCAGAUGCCGUCCUACGCUCGGACCCUCGCAGGGCAGAGGUUGAAAACGAGUACAAAAAGAUUUGCCAAAGCGUGUUGAUAUGGGAAGUUGUCGGCGGUGGCAAGGACGGGGGCAUCAUGGUUCGUGAAGGUCAGAGCUUGAAGUCAUUGGAGCUGCUACCGCGACUCCGCACGGGCUCGCUUGUGCGGGAGCUCGCUGCGAAGGGCGAGCGCCUUCGCUACCAGCUCUUGCAGGGCUCCGGUCCGAGCACAGGUUGGGUCAGCAUCAAGGUGAAGCACACUGAGAUGCUGGCAUCGGUUUCAAAGAAGCCAGAGCUGAUGCCCCAAGUGCAGCUGCUCAUUCGGCGCCUUUCCAUGCUACCAAAGCCGCUUCAGAAGGUGCUGUCCUUUCCAGUGCCGUCUUGCCAGCAGAUCACAGAGCAGAUCUACCAACCCCGCGUAGGCUGCCUGGAUCGCUCGGCCAAAGAUAAAGACGGUCGAUGGCUCCCCGAAGCAACGUUGAAGAGGCCACUGGACCCGUCGAUUUACUCCGCUUUUCCCCCCAACGACGCCGCGCUGUGGUCGCUGCUUGGAGACGAGAAGUUCGCGCCAGUGCAGCGCUGCUUCCCUCGCGAGGUAGAUGGGAAGAUCGUGUACUGCCGCAGUGCAGACCCAGUUGCAGGACUUCUGCCGGACACCGUGGCAGUUCUCUAUUUUCUGGAGAUACCGGAAACGCUGGGCGCAAUGUCCUCACUGCGUGGUGUGGUCAGGUUUGGCGCUCAAGCGACCCAGUCCAUGAGCAGAGGAGAGCCGGAGGAGGAUGGUGAGUUCGCGCCUGGCGUGCAUGGCGGAGCCGAAGCCAUGGUACUCGCAGACGCCGCGGUGUAUCUUGCCCGCCUGACCUGGAAUUCGAAUGCCAUGCUCAAAAAGAUCAGCUGCCAGUUCAGCAAGCCUUGCCCAUGUUUCGAGACGCUGGAGAUCUCGGUCAGCGUUGGACUCGAACACACUGGGGCCUAUGGCUUUGAAGAGAUGGUGGCAAAGGUCAGCUUGAAGCUGGACAAGACUCUCAUUUCCUUCGGCGAGGCAACCCUGAUAUCUUUUCCAGCCAAGCCCCUGCGCUUGCCCGAAGGAUUGCCAACCAGAUGCUUUCUUCCGCCGCCAGGAGUGGACUGGGUGCCUCCUGAGCUGGCAAUGUCACGGUUGCCGCCGCCCAACCCAAAGCGAUUACCGUACGAUCAGGAAGGGUACAUGAACGCUGCCUUGAAGGAGCCCGGCAUGCGCUUUCCCGCCAGCUGCGCAGCGGUGGAGGAGGUUGGCCGCGAGGACCAGCAGCGACAGCGAGGUCGCCAGAAGCACUUGCGGGCGAACCGUCCGGUGCGGGGCUCUGGAGACAUGAGGAACGACCUUUGCUUUCCAGGAGGUCUUACCCCCGCCGCUGUCAGUUUCGAAAAGUACUUUGCGAAAGAUGCAGGCGGUAUCCUGUUUGAGGGAAUCCUGAAGCUGGGGCCACAGGCUACGGAGGCGCUCUUCUUGACUCCGGACGGGAAGAAGCCACUGGAUGGAAGCAUGUCUCUGGUAGCUCAUCCGGGCAUGGCUCUGGCAGCUCUGGAUGACCACCUGGCGCAUCUCCCAAGAUGUGAUGCUCGAGAGAAGACCUCCAUCACUUGGAAACUGGACGUGGAGACACAGGCAUUUCUGCCCAUCGGUCAGGAACUGGAUUUCGAGUGCUACUGCCCCUUCCAACAGGAUGGUCCCGUGGGCAACCGUGUCACUGGAGAGAUUCGCUUUGAGAAUCAGAUCUUGGCUACGCUUUCGGCGGUGAUUACUUCAAGCGUCAAGGUCGGCUGCAACGUGCCGUGCUCCGGGGCGGGGAAUCACCUGAGCAAGGAGGCUGGCUAUAUGAACCGCCUCACGCAACCGUAUUUCCUGCGAACGGAUGCAUCGGGGUGGCGAUUCUCCUGGCUGAUUCUCUGUUUGCUCUUCAUCGUGACUGGCAUGGCGUUGGUUCUGGUCAGCGGCAUUUUGCUGGUCGUGGAGGCCACAGUACCAGAGGCAGCGGAGAAGCUGGUCUCAGGCGACAGUGGCUUCAUUGGCAUCAUGGCAGCGAUGUGGAAGUCGCCAACAGGAGGCGUGAUCUACGGCCUGAGUGCCGUGGGCACCUUGAGCUUCAUUUGCAGCCGCCAGCAGCUGAAGGGCCGCAGAUGGAUUGGUUGGAUGCUGCUUGGGGCCAUCGUCUUCAUCCUUCUGAUCAUCAAUGUUCUGAACACUGGCAUUGGCUUCAUUGCCCGCGAUCUCACGAAUGCUUUGGUUUCCAAGGAUGCUGACCUCACCUACAAGAUUAUCAUGAUCUAUGCAACUUGCUUCAUCGUCGCGUUGCCGAUUCGCAGCUUGCAGUUCUGGUUCACCGCCAAGCUGUCCAUUCUCUGGCGAGAGUGGCUCACGCGGAACUUCAUUGACGGAUAUAUGAGCCAUCGUGCUUAUUAUGACAUCAACCCCAAUGAUGAGUCCCACACCGAAGUGGACAACCCCGAUCAGCGAAUUGCAGAUGAUGUGAGGACCUUUACCAAGGAGAGUUUGUCCUUCACAAUUGGCGCCUUCGAUGCCUUGCUGACAUUUGUGCUCAACAUCGUGGUUCUGUGGAGCAUCAGCCAGCAGCUCACAUUGGCGCUGUUCGCCUACUCGGGCACUGCCACGAUGGUCUUGAUCCUGGCCAGCCACAAGUUGGUGCGGAUCAACUACAAUCAGCUGCGUUACGAGGCUGAUUUCCGCUACGGGCUGGUGCACAUUCGGAACAACGCCGAGGCAAUUGCCUUCUACGGGGGUGAGGAGCCUGAGAAGAAGGAGACAAAGCGAAGAUUGGGCUGGGUCGUGACAAACUUCAAUUACCUGAUCAAGUGGGAGGUCAUUAUCAGCGUGCUGCGUCGAUCAUAUGGCUAUGCAGGGAACUUCUUUCCGUAUCUCAUCAUGGCACCUGCCUAUCUCAGAGGAGAAAUCGAGUACGGGAGCUUCAUCCAAGCCAAGUUUGCUUUCGGCAUGGUGGAGAGUGCUCUCUCCUUCGUGGUAUCCAACAUCGACCAGAUCGCACACUGGUGGGCAGGCAUCAGCCGAUUGGCCGGCUUUCAAUCGACCGUGGAGGAGAUCAAUCGCAAGGGCGAUGAGAACGGCAAGGAGAAGGAGGGCGAGCUGCAAGGAGUCGUGCAGCUGGACUUGGAGGAGGGUGCCAGCUCGGCCAAGGAGAUGCUGCUGCGCCACGUCACGGUGAAAGCGCCGGGCUCUGAACAGCUCCUGGUGGAGGAUCUGACGAUCUCAGUGAGCCAAGGCCAGCGUGUUCUGGUCGUCGGCCCAUCGGGUUGCGGCAAGACUUCGGUGCUUCGAGUGGCCAGCGGCCUGUGGGACCCUGUCUGCGGAAGCGUGGAGAGGCCUCCUGUGGGUGAUUUGCUCUUCGUGCCACAGAGGCCGUACAUGCUCCUGGGAUCGCUGAAGGAGCAGCUGUGCUAUCCUUUGCCUCAGGACAGCUUCAGCGAAGACACGCUGCGGGACACAUUGAAGAGGGUUCGCCUGCAAAAGUUGGUGGAGCGAUACCCUGAUUUGGACAUCAAGCAGGAUUGGCCACGUUUGCUGUCACUGGGGGAGCAACAACGCCUCGCCUUUGCGCGGCUCUUGCUCAAUUCGCCCCGCUUCGCAGUGUUAGAUGAAGCCACAAGUGCUCUGGACGUCAACACCGAGAAGCUUCUGUACGCCAUGCUGGUGGAGCGGGGCGUGGCCGUAAUCAGUGUUGGUCAUCGGCCUACGCUUGCGGAGUACCAUGAGCAGGUCCUGGAGCUCUCUGGAACUGGAUCUUGGCGCCUGCUGCCUGCGGCCAACUACGAGUUCGGUCAUGUGGAGGGGACCAUUGCAGACUUCGCAGGUGCUGGAGGAGUGUUCCUCGAGGCGCUCGAGUCCUCUCCAAUUGAAAUAGAAAGAGCGGUAUCUGAGCCAAAGGCUAGCACUCCAGGUCGUGGACCGAAGGCUGGCCGCAGCUUCGUCGUAGGAGCGGCCUCAGGCCUGCUCUUGGAUCUCGCUGCGCGGGAGGUCAUGCGGCGUGAGCUGAUUCCCAAGCUUGCAAUUGCAGCCGAAGAGCAGUUCCAGAGGGGACGCGAUUCCUUAGCGCGUUUGCGCGGGAGACCUGCUCCAGUUGCAGAAGUGCCGGUGGAAACGGUGGCAAAUGAGCCACGACCGACCCGGGCUGCUGCACUGGCAGGUCUCAUGCUGUUGGGCGCGAUGGUCAUUAAGGCCACCAAGCGUAGAGGCUGGGGGAAGAAGCCGGUGCCAGAGCCAGCAGCCGCCAAGGCCAAGGCCAAGGCAAAGGCAAAGGCGCCGCCGCCACCCCCGAGGAGAGGUGCGCCCAAGGCAUCCCCGCGGGGAAAGGCCAACUCCUUGGACGAGGGCAUGCUCAGCCCUCGCUCCGCGGAGUUUGCCCGCUUCGGAAAGAGGAUUCAUUGGAUCAAACCCACCUGCGAGCCCAAUGAGGACACGAUCUUUGGCGAGCUGAAGAUGGUGAGCGCAAAAAGCGAAGACACCAAGCCAAAGCUUCAGUUUGACAAAGACCUUAUGGACGCGAUGUUCACCCCUCGCAGCGCCAGAACUCCAACUGCCACUCCACGCAAAUCCUGGACAGGGCCAAAGCCACAAGGUAUCUGCCUUUUGGACAACAGCCGAGCUCACAACAUUGCGAUUGUUCUCACAAAACUUGCCAUCAGCACUGAGGAGCUCAGCCGAUCCAUCCGCUGCUUUGACACAGGGCAGCAGAAGCUGAAGGCGGACCACGUGGAUCUUCUCAACGUGGCGAUGCCCACGGCCUCGGAGGUGACCAAACUCCAAGCGCAGAAGCACAAGGUGGAAGACUUACGCGAUGUCGAGAGGAGGAUGAUGCCGCUGUGCAGCCUCAGUCCGGCAAGGAUCAAGGUGAUGAAAUUCGCCUUGACACACAAGUUUACCUGCGAUAACCUCAUGCAGCGCUGCAAGGUACUGAAAGGCGCCGCUGAACAGACCAGGAACAGUCCCCAGUUCAAAGAGCUGCUUGCAGUCAUCCUUGAGGCAGGCAAUUAUAUCAAUGGCGAACCGGGAGAGCAGCAGGCUGUGCAAGUUCGCGCCUUCAGCAUCGAAUCUCUGCAGUCCUUGGCCAACUUCAAGGUUGGAUGCAUCUCUUGCAUGCACUUCUUGUGCAUCACUAUGCGUGCCUCGGACACCAGCUUUUUGUCCUUCCUCGAGGACAGCCUGAAGCAUGUGCGCUUGGCUGCGAAGGAGAGGUUCUCUCAACUCCGAGCAGAGGUUGAGACAUUCCUGGGCGAGGUGAACUUUGCUCGGGCAAGGCUGCGGGAGAUGACCGCUGCACCGAAGGCUAAAGUCGUCCAAGCAGCUGAAGGCGAUGCAGGCCCAGCCGAAGGCGAAGAGAAGCCAAGUGAGAUGCCAUGGCCAGAGGCGACCGAGGAGGUGCCGGAUGCGGAGGGAGCGUGGGGCUUAAAUAGCGUUGGCACAGAGGGCAGAGCGGGGCGCUCAUCCCUCACGCUCGCCAUGGCGCACAUGAUGAAGCCGCCGAUCAUCCUCUUGAAGGAUGGGACAGAUGCCUCACAGGGAAAGAAUCAGAUCAUCAGCAAUAUCAAUGCAUGCCAAGCUGUAGUGAGCAUUGUGAAGUCCACAUUGGGACCUCGAGGAAUGGACAAACUCAUAGAAGAAGGACAUGGCACCAUCAUCACCAAUGACGGGGCCACUGUCAUGAAGAAGUUGAAUAUCGUACACCCAGCAGCAAGGAUCCUUGUCGAUAUCAGCAAGGCCCAGGAUAACGAAGUAGGAGAUGGCACCACCAGCGUGGUGGUGUUAUCAGGCGAAUUGCUGAAGGAGGCAAAGAGCUUUCUCGAAGACGGCCUUGUCGCUCCGCAGAUCAUCAAGGGCUACCGCACUGCCUGCAAUCUGGCCGUUGGGAAGCUCUUGGACAUGGCAGUGGACCUGAAGAACACAACAUCACCAGAGGAGAAGCGGACCAUGCUCAUCAAGUGUGCAGAAACCACUCUGAACUCGAAGCUGGUGGCUGACUACAAGUCCUUCUUUGCCGCAAUGUCUGUGGAUGCUAUCACAAUGUUGGGUGACGAUUUGUCUGUGUCGUCUGUGGGCAUCAAGAAGGUGACCGGCGGCUCCGUCACAGACACCAUCCUGGUUGAAGGAGUGUGCUUCAAAAAAUGCUUCUCCUACGCGGGUUUUGAGCAGCAGCCAAAGCGCUUUGAGAACGCCAAGAUUUUGCUUCUGAACUUGGAGCUGGAGCUCAAGGCAGAGAAGGACAAUGCUGAGGUCAGGAUAUCCGAUCCGGAUCAAUACCAGUCCAUCGUGGAUGCUGAAUGGAACAUCAUCUACGAGAAGCUUGACCUCAUCGCCAACUCCGGUGCCAAUGUGGUGCUCAGCCGCCUGGCCAUUGGCGACCUUGCCACACAGUAUUUUGCCGACCGUAACAUUUUCUGUGCAGGGCGCCUGGAGGUGGAAGACCUGGAGCGGACCAGGCGCGCCACCGGUGCCGAGGUGCAGACCACUGCACAGGGCAUCACGCAGAACGUUCUGGGAUACUGCGGCCUGUUUGAGGAAGUGCAGGUGGGUGCCGAGCGCUUCAACUUCUUCACCAAGUGUGUGAAGACCAAGACAGCCACUAUCCUGAUCCGGGGCGGCGCUCAGCAAUUCAUUGACGAAGCCGAGCGAUCGCUGAAUGAUUCGCUCAUGAUUGUGCGGCGAGCCAUGAAGAACACAAAGGUCGUGGGCGGCGGGGGCGCCAUUGAAAUGGAGCUUAGCCGCUACCUUCGGGAGUACGCACGGACCAUCAGUGGCAAACAGCAGCUGGUCAUCAACUAUUUUGCGCGUGCCCUAGAGGUGAUCCCCAUGACCUUGGCACAGAAUAGCGGUGCCGAUGGGACGAAAGUGUUGAACCAACUCCGGCAGAAGCAUGCGACAGCCGGGCCGGAGGGCCGCUGGUUCGGCGUGGAUUGCAUCAACUGCGAGGUGUGCGACGCCUUUGAGAGCUAUAUUUGGGAGCCUGUCCUCGUCAAGGAGAGUGCUCUCAAUGCAGCAACAGAGGCUGCGUGCCUGAUUCUCUCCAUCGAUGAGACGGUGAAGAACCCGUGCCUUGGAAGUGGCUGCUGCCAGUAUUCACGCCACUUCGAGUCGCCGAGGCAGAGCGAAAAGCCUCAAGCGGGGCCCAAAGGCAAGGGCAAGGGCAAGGGCAUGCCAAUGGGCAAGGGCCGUGGCCGCGGUGCGCGAGUUCUGAAGGGCUAAGGGGUGCACAAGGAGCUCUCGCCCAAGCG